AUGGCCCGUCCGAAGUUCAACAUCCUGGAAGACCCUCCCCACCCUCGCACGGAACCUACUUCUUCCAAUGCCAACGCCAUCGGCCCGCAACAAGACCGGACCCUGAGCCCAGGUGGUAUUCGAACUCUUCCUGCACUAGAUGUCAUAAAUGCGGACAUGCCUGCUGAGAUGCCCAAGAAGGUCUGGGGAGGGCGAGAGCAAACUGGACAGAUUGUCCACGGACGAACGAAAGGUGUGCUAUACCAUGCUGGCAAGCGAGCAAGGGAGAGUCAUGAUGUAUCUGAGGUAGACGACGAACAGUCCAAGCCUGAGCAAGCAACACGGAAUGAAGACAUGAAUCUGAGCAAGCGACAAGGAGACGAAGGGUGA